AUGAUAGCCGGGACCAGCCCAACAUACCCUCCUCCGGAGUACGGACAUGUCCCAGUCAUGGGACUGCCACACCAGUCCUUCUUCCCCAUCUACCCAGAUCCGCUCUCGCAACCCAUGUCGGGGAUUCCCCCCUCACCAGCUCAGCGACCCUCCUACUGCGACCCCCUCACCUUCACCGUCUAUCCACCAUACCCGGUCUCCCCCAUGCCCGUCUUCCAGGACGCCUCCCAGCGCAGAACUCCCCAUAAACCAAGCUACACCUACACCUACACCUACACUCCCACCCCAAUCCCCAUCUACGCCCCGCAAAGCAACGGCAACCCCAGAUCUCCCCCGCGCCGAACAAUUUUCAUCCAAAACCUCAGCCCAGCUACCACCCAAUCCGAGCUACACUCCCACCUCCAAGACGCCGGCUCCAUCGAAUCCUGCGAAGUGCCCCUCGACCCCACCACAGCCCGCUGCAAGGGCUUUGCCCGCAUCACCUUCCGCACCGCCGAAGAAGCCAAACGCGCCAUCGCCCGCUACAACAACACCAUCUUCCUCAACGCAAGGAUCAGAGUCAAGAUCGACCGCGCCGUGCCCUACGCUGCUUCCUACCGCCUAAGUUCCCCGUCCACUGUGCCGGUCACUAUCGUCUCUGCGCCCCAUCCUCCUUCUACCACCUACACUCCCGAGCACACUAUCAUCACCACACUACCAACCGAUGAAUCACCCAAGUCAGAACCUACUAGUACCACCGAAGAAGCCUCGCAGACGAAAUGUCAGCCGGGACCAUUAGUCGUGAACGGAUCAGGGAUCGGUCGGAAGGAGAUUACUACUUGA